AUGUCGCAAGCGUACGGCUCUGGACUGGGCGGUAGCAGCGCCCGACGGAGCAAACCUCGCACAAACAAACCGACACAGCCCAAGGCAAAGGCCUCCUCAAAACCCUCCUCAAGCUCCUCCUCAAAACCAAGCUCAAAACCAAGCUCAAAAUCUGGAUCGGCCCGCGCCGCAGCAAGGCGCGAUCGCCUGGCCGGUGCCCCUGAACAAGCCGGUCGGCCUCGCCCGGGCCAGGCGCCAAAGCCCGCGGUCGAAGAGGCACCCGCCGAGGAUGCCUACGAGGACGACUUUGAGGAACCCGAUUAUGAGGACGACUUUGAGUCAGCCUCUGAGCCAUCAGACCCCGAAGCGCAAAGCACUGAAUCGGACUCUGAUACCAACACAGAGGCUGCCCCGCCCAGCGCGCGCCCCAGCGCAGCGCCCUCAUCUCCACGCGGCCAACGCCAACUACAGUCACAUGUCGUGCCCGCUCGUAGCUUGCCCACAGUAUCACAAACUGACCCAGAUGAUAUUGACGAGGUGAUGCGUCUUGUGCCAACCACUUCAAUUGCCGUUCUAGCGCAUGUGGUCAAUGCCAUUCGAGCUGAAAAUGCCCGCUCAACAAUAACACGAGGUGGGCUUCGGCCCACGACCUCGGCCUCAGCACGACCCGGCACCAGCCGAGGUCUACGCAUCAGCAACGAGACGCCAACCCGAAGCAGUGCCGUAGCUGCGGCCCACUUGUUGGAUGUACCUGGCGCGGCUUCCCCGCGCAUGCAAUCUCUGCGCUCUGCUUCCCAGCGCAUUCGUCACAACGCUGCACUUGCUCGCACCGCCCGUCGUGCCAAGGCACUCUCGGCAAUGGUCACACUCGAGACCAGCUCCUUCCAACUCCUUGAUAUCGCGCCCUGUAGCGAGUAUGAACUCUACAUUCGCAGCUAUGGCAAGUCUGGACGCCAGCAAGCCGCCACACAAAGUGGCGAACUCAGUCUCGAGCACGAGAUGCAAACAGAGGAGAUUGAAACAUGCACGCGCUGGACGCAGUAUCCGGCUGAUGAUCUGCGUGGGGCGGGUGAGGUGGGUGCUACCACCAGCAGCAAGGUGGACACAGACUCGGAGCAGACCAUCAUCGACGCCCAGCGCCUGAGUGAGCACAACGACCAUGCCCCACGCCAUUCGUUCUUGCUCAAGGCCUCGCGGGUCGUUUUGACCCUGCUGCAAGAGGAUGUCGAUCAAUCCGCUGCUGGUACAGGACAGCAUGAGCGCGGCCAUGGCCAAGCCACCAGCCCCCUUGAAGCCUGUGGCCAUACUACAACACUGGCACCCACUUUUGCCCUGUUGGCUGGUCGACACGUCGUCGCUCUGGAUGCGUGUCGCAGCAAGCCUCAUUUGCUGCUGACGCUGCAUGCCGAGCCCCCACCGGGCACUAAGCGCAGUGCCGACAUGGGCGAAGGGCUGAUUUGCAUCUGGGAUUUGUCCAGCCCGAGCGUCCCUUUGCACGUACUAGUCUCUCAAGACAAGCUGACGUGCUGCAAAUUUGGCAACGAAGCAGCCACAGUAGCUGUCGCUGGCACCAUUGACGGGGCUGUGCUGGCUUGGGAUCUCAAUGAAUCACUGGCACUGCACACGAGUCGCCAUCGCAAAACCCAGAAGUACUCGGUCCGCCACCCCUCCUUUCGAGCCGAUUUUACCACUCAACCGCGUAGCCAUGAAUCUGCUGUCGUGGCCCUUGAGCGCAUCGGCCGGAGCGAAGAUCAUCAGGAGCAGUCCAACUUUCAAUUUGUCUCGCUUGAUGAAGGCCUCUAUGCGCCCAAGGUGGAUGCUGGCGGCUCGAUCACCGAAUUGGGUUUGCGCCCUGGUAGCGCUCUGACCUUGGUCAGUGCUGGCUGGACGCAAGUGCGCCCUCGGAACCAUCGUUUCGCCCAGCAUGCCUUUACCUGCUUGGCAGUCCCCCAAUCCAACCCCAGCCACAUUCUAGCUGGUACCACACAUGGAAGUAUCCUGCGCGCUGUGCGCUUUGGUUCGGCCGUGGCUCCAAGUGAAUUUGUUGCAAACAUCAACCUCUUGGCGAGCUGCCCGGCUUCCUGCACGGCCAUUGACUUUUGCCCCUCGACUCCCAGCUAUUUUCUCGCGGUAUGCCUUGACCUGAACGAGCCUUGA